AGCAGGAAGCUCGCGCCGCCGUCGCCGCCGCCGCUCAGCUUCCCGGGGCGCGUCCAGGACCCGCUGCGCCAGGCGCGCCGUUCCCGGACCCGGCGUGCGUCCCCACGAGGAAAGGGACCCCGCCGCUCGAACCGCCUCCGCCAGCCUCACUGCGAGGGGUCCCAGAGCCAGCCGCGCCCGCCCUCGCCCCCCGGCCCCGCAGCCCUCCCGCCCUGCGCGCCAUGAACGCCCCCGAGCAGCAGCCCCAACCCGACGGCGGGGACGCCCCAGGCCACGAGCCUGGGGGCAGCCCCCAAGACGAGCUUGACUUCUCCAUCCUCUUCGACUAUGAGUAUUUGAAUCCGAACGAAGAAGAGCCGAAUGCACAUAAGGUCGCCAGCCCACCCUCCGGACCCGCAUACCCCGAUGAUGUCCUGGACUAUGGCCUCAAGCCAUACAGCCCCCUUGCUAGUCUCUCUGGCGAGCCCCCCGGCCGAUUCGGAGAGCCGGAUAGGGUAGGGCCGCAGAAGUUUCUGAGCGCGGCCAAGCCAGCAGGGGCCUCGGGCCUGAGCCCUCGGAUCGAGAUCACUCCGUCCCACGAACUGAUCCAGGCAGUGGGGCCCCUCCGCAUGAGAGACGCGGGCCUCCUGGUGGAGCAGCCGCCCCUGGCCGGGGUGGCCGCCAGCCCGAGGUUCACCCUGCCUGUGCCCGGCUUCGAGGGCUACCGCGAGCCGCUUUGCUUGAGCCCCGCUAGCAGCGGCUCCUCUGCCAGCUUCAUUUCUGACACCUUCUCCCCCUACACCUCGCCCUGCGUCUCGCCCAAUAACGGCGGGCCCGACGACCUGUGUCCGCAGUUUCAAAACAUCCCUGCUCAUUAUUCCCCCAGAACCUCGCCAAUAAUGUCACCUCGAACCAGCCUCGCCGAGGACAGCUGCCUGGGCCGCCACUCGCCCGUGCCCCGUCCGGCCUCCCGCUCCUCAUCGCCUGGUGCCAAGCGGAGGCAUUCGUGCGCCGAGGCCUUGGUUGCCCUGCCGCCCGGAGCCUCACCCCAGCGCUCCCGGAGCCCCUCGCCGCAGCCCUCAUCUCACGUGGCACCCCAGGACCACGGCACCCCGGCUGGGUACCCCCCUGUGGCUGGCUCUGCAGUGAUCAUGGAUGCCCUGAACAGCCUCGCCACGGACUCGCCUUGUGGGAUCCCCCCCAAGAUGUGGAAGACCAGCCCUGACCCCUCGCCGGUGUCUGCCGCCCCAUCCAAGGCCGGCCUGCCUCGCCACAUCUACCCGGCCGUGGAGUUCCUGGGGCCCUGCGAGCAGGGGGAGAGGAGAAACUCGGCUCCAGAAUCCAUCCUGCUGGUUCCGCCCACUUGGCCCAAGCCGCUGGUGCCUGCCAUUCCCAUCUGCAGCAUCCCAGUGACUGCAUCCCUCCCUCCACUUGAGUGGCCGCUGUCCAGUCAGUCAGGCUCUUAUGAGCUGCGGAUCGAGGUGCAGCCCAAGCCACAUCACCGCGCCCACUAUGAGACAGAAGGCAGCCGAGGGGCUGUCAAAGCUCCAACUGGAGGCCACCCUGUGGUUCAGCUCCAUGGCUACAUGGAAAACAAGCCUCUGGGACUUCAGAUCUUCAUUGGGACAGCUGAUGAGCGGAUCCUUAAGCCGCACGCCUUCUACCAGGUGCACCGAAUCACGGGGAAAACUGUCACCACCACCAGCUAUGAGAAGAUAGUGGGCAACACCAAAGUCCUGGAGAUCCCCUUGGAGCCCAAAAACAACAUGAGGGCAACCAUCGACUGUGCGGGGAUCUUGAAGCUUAGAAAUGCCGACAUUGAGCUGCGGAAAGGCGAGACGGACAUUGGAAGAAAGAACACGCGGGUGAGGCUGGUUUUCCGAGUUCACAUCCCAGAGUCCAGUGGCAGAAUCGUCUCUUUACAGACUGCAUCUAACCCCAUCGAGUGCUCCCAGCGAUCUGCUCACGAGCUGCCCAUGGUUGAAAGACAAGACACAGACAGCUGCCUGGUCUAUGGCGGCCAGCAAAUGAUCCUCACGGGGCAGAACUUUACAUCCGAGUCCAAAGUUGUGUUUACUGAGAAGACCACAGAUGGGCAGCAAAUUUGGGAGAUGGAAGCCACGGUGGAUAAGGACAAGAGCCAGCCUAACAUGCUUUUUGUUGAGAUCCCUGAAUAUCGGAACAAGCAUAUCCGCACACCUGUAAAAGUGAACUUCUACGUCAUCAAUGGGAAGAGAAAACGAAGUCAGCCUCAGCACUUUACCUACCACCCAGUCCCAGCCAUCAAGACGGAGCCCACGGAUGAAUAUGACCCCACUCUGAUCUGCAGCCCCACCCAUGGAGGCCUGGGGAGCCAGCCUUACUAUCCCCAGCACCCGAUGGUGGCCGAGUCCCCCUCCUGCCUCGUGGCCACCAUGGCUCCCUGCCAGCAGUUCCGCACGGGGCUCUCAUCCCCUGACGCCCGCUACCAGCAACAGAACCCAGCGGCCGUACUCUACCAGCGGAGCAAGAGCCUGAGCCCCAGCCUGCUGGGCUAUCAGCAGCCGGCCCUCAUGGCCGCCCCGCUGUCCCUUGCGGACGCUCACCGCUCUGUGCUGGUGCACGCCGGCUCCCAGGGCCAGAGCUCAGCCCUGCUCCACCCCUCUCCGACCAACCAGCAGGCCUCGCCUGUGAUCCACUAUUCACCCACCAACCAGCAGCUGCGCUGCGGAAGCCACCAGGAGUUCCAGCACAUCAUGUACUGCGAGAAUUUCGCACCAGGCACCACCAGGCCUGGCCCGCCCCCGGUCAGUCAAGGUCAGAGGCUGAGCCCGGGUUCCUACCCCACAGUCAUUCAGCAGCAGAAUGCCACGAGCCAAAGAGCCGCCAAAAACGGACCCCCGGUCAGUGACCAAAAGGAAGUAUUACCUGCGGGGGUGACCAUUAAACAGGAGCAGAACUUGGACCAGACCUACUUGGAUGAUGAGCUGAUAGACACACACCUUAGCUGGAUACAAAACAUAUUAUGAAACAGAAUGACUGUGAUCUUUGAUCCGAGAAAUCAAAGUUAAAGUUAAUGAAAUUAUCAGGAAGGAGUUUUCAGGACCUCCUGCCAGAAAUCAGACGUAAAAGAAGCCAUUAUAGCAAGACACCUUCUGUAUCUGACCCCUCGGAGCCCUCCACAGCCCCUCACCUUCUGUCUCCUUUCAUGUUCAUCUCCCAGCCCGGAGUCCACACGCGGAUCAAUGUAUGGGCACUAAGCGGACUCUCACUUAAGGAGCUCGCCACCUCCCUCUAAACACCAGAGAGAACUCUUCUGUUCGGUUUAUGUUUUAAAUCCCAGAGAGCAUCCUGGUUGAUCUUAAUGGUGUUCUGUCCAAAUAUUAAGCACCUGCUGACCAAAAGCACAUUCUGCAUGAGACAGGACACUGGAACUCGCCUGAGAACAGAGUGACUGGAGCUUGGGGGGAUGGACGGGGGCCAGAAGAUGUGGGCGCUGUGAUUAAACCCCAGCCCUUGCGUUCGUUUUUCCAGGUCACAGAUACAGCUCCUGUACCUUUUGAAGGCAAGGAGUUCUCAGAGCAACCAAAGGAACGUGACCCAAGAGCCCAGCUUACAGGCUGAAGAAACCCAAAACCCUCGAUAGAGACAGAAACUGAACUGUCAGUCCUUAGAGCUCGCCCAGUCCAUGCCACAACUGGGCCACAGCUAAAGCUUUAUUUUUGAAUUCUCAUUCCAAAACCAAACUGUCUUGCCCAGACAAGAUCACCUGUUAAGACUUCUUGGCGUUAAGUUAUGACAUGUAUACGCGUUUGUUAUUAUUUUUUUUCUGUUUUAAAAGGCUGGCCAGGGCACCUAGCACUGGAGCUGUCUUGGCGAGCUGUUCUUUAACCCCUGCAGCACGCAGUCCUGCUAACACAAUUUCCAUAGACUUGGGGGGCUGACCCAGGCUGCAGAGAGCAAGCACCUGUCUGCUGCAGCUGUACAACCUGGAUGCUUUGCAAGGUUCCGGCUUGCUUUCUUCCUAGCAGCCAGAGUGCUUUUCCGUAAAGCAGUGGAGAAUCUCAAGCAUGUGCAUUUAAUUGAGGACUAGCAGAAGGGCUAAAGCAACCAAGAAAAGAAGUGUGGGUAUUUUUGUUAAGUAAAACAGCCCAAGUGCUUCUGGAGGUGGGUUUCUACCAAGAUAGAGGAAAAGGGCUGAAUUCCCUCUAAGUGGGAUAGCCGAGCUCAGGAUGCGCUUCCCAGCUUCACUGGUGAAUUUGACCUGAACCUAUUUAAAGAUCCCUUCUGCCCCUGAAGACCUAUCCGCACUCGAAUUCUAACAUGAAGAAAUCUACUCGAAUGCAUCCUUUACUUUGAAUGAGCUCUGUUCGGUUGCAUGUUGUAUGUGAUUUCCUUCCUCCCAACUGUUUCCACUGAGCGCACCCACAGUCUCCCCUAGUCUUCCUCUGUGGGUGUGAUUUUUGUGAUUUUUACAAACAAAACCCUUGAAGUUCUUGGCAGAUGUGUUUCUGUUUGCAUGUACUGCAGAUACCCCAGGACAAGCGGGGGAUUCAUUUUUCAGCCAUUCAGUUGUUUCCUCAAUAAUCCGCAGCAAAGUGAAAAUAUUCUUAGCACUCAGACUGUACUUAGAGUGUUUUCUCAGUCCAGUCUGUACAGUCUGUAGGCAGCUUAGAGUGUUUUCUCAGUCCAGUCUGUACAGUCUGUAGGCAGAAGGCCUCAGAAGAAAGUCAUGGCCACUCAGUGCCCACUCUGGGCUUUGUAAGUCCUGGCUCUCCCGUCAAGGUUACCCACAGGUAAAAGCUUCCUGGGAGUGGGACCAGGUGUGUUUGGCACUCCAGAUAGAAGGCAAAAUGCUCAGAUUCGGGCCUGUGCACUUGUAUGCAACCUGUCGGUCAAUAACUAGCAUUUAUUUUUCCCUGACAAUGAACGACCUUUCCCGCACCCACCCUAAGCUCAGAGUUUAGCAAAAUUCUCUUUUAAAUAAACAGAAUGCCAGUAAGAGGUUGACCCCUACCAUGGAACUUCUGGGAUGCUAAAUACUUCCUCAUGAACAAAAUAAGUUCCUUAUACUAGCAGCUUCACCUAAAGAAUUUUCAGAAUUUUCUCUCCAGCAAUAUUGACUUCACUGGGGAAAAGCCAAGAGUGUGGUGAGUGAUUUGUUCUCACUCGACCUGGCUAGGACUGGCUAGGAGCCGUUUUUUGUACAUGAGGGAAUUUGGGCUUUCCUCAGUUAUCUGAAUGUUUUACCCAAGUGCCUUCCUGCUAUUGUAGCAAAGUAGCUCAGCUUCCUUGUCCACAGGGUGAAAAAGGACUAAUGCAUUUUCCAUCAGUUUUCUAACUAUGUUAGCAAAAAGGGCCUCCUGGCAGCUCAACCUCCUGUACGCGUGUGUGUGUGUGUAAUACACACACACAAAUAAACCCCUCUGUUUUUCUAAGACAUCUUAGCUGGAUAUUAUAGGAAGCACUUUCAUAAACAACUGUAACAAAUCGCAAAGGAAAGAGAAACAAAAGCAUUAGAUUUGAGACAUAAACAGGCAAGAGAAAGUGUAUUAGGAACUGACAGCUAUCAAGGAAGUUUUGUCAGUUACAAAUGCUAGGAGGAAAUUUUGCCAAGAAGGAUGGCUCAUGAAAUAUUUCCAGUAUGGGAAGAGGCAAUAAGAUCCUCUAAGAGAAUGAGAAAGUAGGGGUGUCUAAAUGGUAAAGAUGGGUGUGUUGCAUGUGUGUUAGAAGGAUCUCAGUUGAGUGAAGGUUUGCACUGCUACAUCUAAGUUAAUGUAAAUAUGUAGCACUCUGACAGGUCUACCAUGUUGCUGAAUGUAGUAUAUUUCCAAAGUUUGCAAGUCUUCCUGUAUUGUACAAAAAUGCUGCUGCUUGAUAAUAUGUAUAGCAAUCCAGAUUAGUAUGUUAUUAAAUUUUAUUUUCUUACCUGUA